ACGUUAAGUAUGCAACAAUUUAUGAGUAAAGUAACGAAAGCCUCGGCCACAGUAUCUACGAAACGACGGAUCAAAAUCCAAACGACAUUCUCUCGUGCUAUUUGCCUUCACGUUAAAGCAUGCAGUGAAUUGAAAUUCUGAAAUUACCCUUCAACUUUGUAUAACUGCCGCCAACUAACCAUCAUCAACUCUCGCCAAACAAGUUUUGUCUAUCAUCUUCCUAAUCCUAAUUUGUACCCGUCAUACCUCUUAAACCUUUCAUUUCAUCACCAUCUUUUUGCAGUUUCUCUUUAUGGGUAAAAGUGAAACUAUAAAAAGCUGCUAACAGGGAAGUGAAUUAAAGGAGAGAUGAUAAAGAAGCCACAAAAGGUCAACAUGUUUAUUAAAAAAUGGUCUGAGCUUGAUUGGCGUCUUCUCUUCUUAGUCGUCGUUCCCCUUUCGUUUCUGUUUUUUGUUUCUUCCUUAACUUCUACGCAUCUCAAUUCUGUCGUCUCGCUCCGCUCCUUUAUCUUCAGCAACUUGUCGGAUUUUAUAAGUUUACAUCCCCACUCGGCCAACGCUGUUCGGUCGUUGGACAGGUCGAGGAUUGCGGUUUGCUUGGUUGGUGGAGCCAGGAGGUUCGAGCUGACGGGACCUUCCAUCGUGGAGAAGGUUCUUAAACGGUACCCCAAUUCAGACCUUUUUUUGCAUUGUCCCAUGGACAAAAAUGCCUUCAAACUAUCGCUUCUAAGAACUGCCCCCAGGCUCGCCUCUGUUCGAAUUUUCGAGCAGAAACUAGUGCCGGAGACGGGGGAGCAAGUCCGUGUCCUCACGGCGGCCAACUCCCCUAAUGGCAUCCAGGGUCUUCUGCAGUAUUUCAAUUUGGUGGAGGGAUGCAUCACGAUGAUCGAGUCACACCAAAAGCAACACGGCUUCACCUAUGACUGGAUCGUUCGGACCAGAGUAGACGGUUACUGGAGUGCGCCGUUACAUCCCCGACAUUUCGUGGCGGGUCGAUAUACCGUCCCAUCUGGGUCAGUUUACGGUGGCCUUAAUGACCGCCUCGGCAUCGGCGAUUUCUUCACUUCCAAGAUUGCUCUCUCCCGCCUUGCUCUCAUCCCCGAAAUCGACAAGGCAGGGUACAGGCAACUCAACUCGGAAUCUGCGUUCAAAGCCCAACUCACCACCCUAAACAUAUCCUAUGCGGAGAAUAGAUUACCGUUCUGCGUGGUGACGGAUCGGACGUACGAGUUCCCGCCUGCCCGUUUAGGUGUGCCGGUGGCGGCGAUGUCGAGCCUGGGUCCACUGAGUGGGGCCAAAUGCAGGCCGUGCAGCCCUGUAUGUAAAGACGGUUGUGUGGCGAACGUGAUGUCGUCGCUUGACAAGGGAUGGAGCUGGACCGACUGGGGUAACGGGACUCUUGAGCUAUGCAACGCUCAAGGCGAGUGGGAGAAGGGAUGGGAGAAGAUUUUCGAUAGGGUUGCGGGUCAAAAACUCGCUCAAGAGAGGAAGCGAGUUAAAAGUUUGAAGCUGGAGGAAUGUAUUGGUGAUUUUAGAGAAAUGAAGAAAAAGGCCUUCAAGUGGGAGGCACCUACGCCGGAGGAAAUCUGUGGACUGGGGUUGGGCGUCUCACAAAAUUGAUUCUUAUUCUUUAGAAUCAAAGCUUAUUUAGUGUAGCCAGCAAGGAUUGGCAUUGCGAGUCUGCAGAUACUUCAGCUAACCACUAUCCCCUGCACUAGAUUAUUGAUUUGCUUUAAAUAACAAGCGGCAAAAACAAGAAAGGCGACGCAUGGGAAGAAAGCUUAAAACUUCAUCUCAAACAACCGAAUGUGAGAACGAAGUAGGAAGGGUGGUUGCAAACCAAAGGGUCAGCAAAAGGUUGCAGGUCGAGUUACCAAACUGUCAAAACCAAACUAUCAAUGUGGAUAUACUAAAUAGGCAAUUGGCAGUAUAUGUAUGGUGAUGUCUCAGUAACACCAUCCGCAUGGGCCACCCAUACUCAUCUAUUUCUUGGUAGUUCACUUGUCAUUUCUUCGUCACUAUACCAUUCUUUCAUCCAUUUUAUAUUUCCUGUUUUUGCUUUUGUGGUUUAUUUUUAGGAAUCACACAUUAAUAUAUGAACCAGCUUCCCUCACCCUGUUUCACUUCAUUUAUAUUAUUCCUACUUUUGACUUCAGCUUUUAAUA